AUGGACCAAAUCGUUCGUGUAGGGCGAAGUUUCGAAGGGACUUUUCGUAGUUCUCUCAAAUGGGCUGUCGAACUUUUCUCUCUCCCGGCACACGCGCUGGAGUGCGUCUCCCCUGAUGAUUCGGUCAAGGAUAAUACGGAGAGCCCAAUGGUCACGGCAAAUAAAGGUUCGAAAGAGUUCAUCACGACUUGCCUGCUUUGCUUCCCCAUGGCGAGUCAGAAUAUUGGAAACGAUCUAGAGAGCGCUCUAGAGGAGCAGAUAUUCUUGCAUUACUGCAACAUCAACUUCUCCAACGGUGCAGCCAACCUCCUCGUUGGUCCGAGCACGCUCGAGGAAUACGUUGUUGCCAUCAUCAUAUUUGUGGCAUCUAUGCUAUGUCAAGUCACGUCGAACGUCGUCGAGGCCCUCAAUGCCCUCGUGAAGGUGCAGAAAAGCAGUCUGGACGUCGGUGACGAGUGGAACAGACAAGAUACAUCAGCUGCUCUGGAAGAUAUAAACUUGACGGUACACAAGGGGGAACUCGUGGGUGUACUUGGUAGUGUGGGCAGCGGGAAGAGUAGCUUGUUGUCAGCGAUUAUCGGGGACGUGCGAAAGACAGAGGGUGAGGUGGCUUUGUUCGGCAAUGUAGCUUACGCUGCUCAGACUCCUUGGAUUCUUUCUGCGUUGGUUCGAGGUGAUAUACUUUUUUCACAUGAGUACGAUGAGGCGCUUUAUAACCUUGUUAUCGAAGCUUGUGCUUUGAAGCCCAACUUAGAUUUUCUCCUACAGGGUGAUCUGACGGAGGUCGGUGAAAAGGCCAUUACUCUGCCAUCUAUUCCCACGUUGCCCGACACGUCUUUGAUCAUGGGUCCUCAAGGCUUACUCGCAACCAAAGCGCGCGUUCUUGUCACUAACAGCAUCUCGUAUCUCAAGUAUUUCGAUCAACUUGUUUACCUGCGCCGCGGUAUGAUCUUGGAGAGUGGCUCGUACAGUGAGUUGAUGUCGAAUCCGGAUAGUGAAGUGCGCAAGCUUGUUCACGGCCAUGCCACGAGCGGUUCCAAUUCUGGAACCACCACACCCGGACGGUCCAGCGGCAUGACUACUCCCACUACAAGCGAGGGCCACAUGCAAGCCACCCUUGUUGGAGAACUCGAAUCUGUAUCAGAGAAGGUACCAUCUCGUGACGUCACUUCUCGGAAUCCUGGACUUUUCGCUAUCCGGGCUUAUGACCAACAAGCCGGUUUCAUUGCGAACAAUGCGGCGAGCAUUGUUCGCAACCAGUUGUGCUACCUUCCUAGUACUUCCAUCAACCGAUGGCUUGCAGUAAGAUUGGAGUUUGUUGGAGCAGUGAUUAUCCUCGUCACGGCUGUUUUGGCCGUCUCUGCCGUGGUGACCAGCGACGUUUAUGCUGGGUUGAUCAGUCUAGUUCUGUCAUACGCUUUGAACGCAACAGGUUCACUGAACUGGUUCGUCCGCUCCGCAAGUGAAGUAGAACAGAAUGUCGUUAGCGUCGAGCGUAUCUUCCAUUACGCGAAAGACCUUGAGCCAGAAGCUCCUUAUGAGAUCCCUGAGAAUAAGCCCACCUCUGGGUGGCCUACAGCUGGGGAAGUUGAAUUCCGGCGAGUCCAUGUCGCUCUUCUUCUUACCCUCUUCCGGAUCAUUGAGCCUGCAUCUGGAGCUAUUUUCAUUGACGACGCAGACAUUACCAAACUUGGCCUGCAUGACUUGCGGUCCGCGAUAUCCAUCGUUCCUCAAAACCCAGAUUCAUUCGAGGGCACGUUGCGAGAGAACGUUGACCCUGUUGGCGAGCACCGGGAUGUUGAUAUACGGACUGCUCUGGAGCACGCCCAUCUGAAGGCAUACGUCGAAUCACCUCCUGGGGCACUAGAUGCUCCAGUCCAGGAGGUCGGAUCGUCGCUUUCAGCAGGUCAGAGACAGCUCUUGCGUUUUGCGAGGGCGCUCUUGCGCAAGACUAAAAUGCUCGUCCUCGAUGAAGCAACAUCUGCAGUCGAUCUAGAUACCGACCGAGCGAUUCAAGAAACUAUUCGAGGUCCAAUCUUCCGCGAUGUGACCAUUCUAACCAUCGCGCAUCGCCUGAACACGAUCAUGGAGUCUGAUGGGAUUCUGGUUCUAGAUGCUGGAAGGAAGCGGCUGGAGAACAAGAGUUCUAUUUUCCGUUCUAUGGCGAUGGAGGCUGGUCUAGUUCACGUCCAGCUUGAUGAUGCAGGAGAGAACGCGCGGGUGUGGAAUAUACCUAUCAUGCACAACAUUUCUUGGGUUUGUUCAGAAAUACAACAUCAUAGCCAUGUAGACAUUGCCACGUUCUUGCUCUGA